UUAAAUGCAACAGAUAGCGAUGAAGGCGAUUUUGGGAAAGUGACCUAUUCCAUCGUCAGCGGUAAUGAAGAGGGUCAUUUUGAGUUGGAUGAACCUACUGGAAGUCUCUAUAUUAGUAAACCAUUUACUGCUACAACCACUGGAUCAUCGAAUUCAGAUCAAGAUGGUACCUCAACUACCUCUUUGAAUGCUAACAAUAUCCUCUUGGAGAAUCGCCUGCGAAUGCUUUCCUAUAAAACUUUUAGACUUUAUCUUAAAGCUUCAGAUCAAGGUGAUCCACCCAGAACUACAAGCGCUAUUCUUGAUGUUAGACUUUCAGGAUCUAGUGUUCCUCUUCUCAAUCCCAAACCACUCUUGUCCUUGUCUAAACCAGGCGCCACGUCAAAUUCUCAGUCAGGAACAUAUAGGGAGCAAAAGGCCACUGGAAAUAAAUCAAAACAACAAGGUUACUUGUCGGGAAGCAAACAUCAACAGUUUCAACGGCAGCAAGAUCAGGACCAUCUAAUCUCGACUGAAUCUUUGAUUAUAAUAGCAGUUAUGGUAGCUGCUGUUGCGGCUCUUCUCUUCAUUGUGGUACUCCUAGCCACCGCUUGUUUGAGGAAAAGAAUGCUAGCUGAACAGUCCAGAAGACAAGGUCCUGGUGGGACGAAAUCGACUUCAAAAAACGCUGAGUUUGAGCUCCAAUUCGCUGAUGAUGGAGGUAACAGUGCUGUUCCAGGAAUGAUGAAGAAAAUCUACGGGGUACCUACCCAACCAGCCCCUUUUAUUGAUUCUGCGUCGGCCUAUGUCACAGUCACUCGCAAUACGCUUAAACGGGACCCCGGAACACCAAAUGGUAUGAUUGUGUUAAUGAACAUAGCUCAACGUGCUAGCAGCAGUAGCACUCCCUACUCUGAAUCCCCUUUUCGCGUAGUCUAA